AUGGAAGAUCUCGAGAUGGAUGACGUUGACAACCGUGUGAACCUUCGUCCUAACAUUCUAGUGGAUGAAGAAUCAUCUUCCGACAGAGGCAAGUCCAACCUUCUGAAGAUUUCCGAACAAGCUGCGCCCCACGGCGCAAUAUUUCUACAUCUGUUCACGUUGAGGUUUCGAGCUAGAGAUCAGGCGUGGCAAUGGGUCAAGGACAGCUUUGGAGAGCAGGAUGGCGAGAUCCGGUUCCAAGACCAUGCCCCCAGGCCAGAUUCAUUCCAGUCGUGCUGCCCGGGUUUGGAUCCAGCGUUGAGCAUCACACUUGGGUGCAAAACUCCAGAGCAGAAUGCAGUCACCGUCUGGGAAAUUUUUGAACAUGUUCCUGGUGCCGAAGACCCAAGGUCUGGGUAUAGUACGCGAAUGAUCGGGAUUCCACGCGGCUUUAGUCAUUGGUUCGCACUCGUGCGCCACUCUACGGCCUGGAUCGCACCAAGGCAAGGCAAAGAGAAGAUCACGCUUGACGCAGACGCCAUUGUCUGCUCCUUCUUGCGAACAGAUGGCCUUCAUUUGGUUCUCUUGGCCGUGACUGCAGUGGACGUUUUGACGGUGCUUAAUACCAAUGAACAUGGCGAGCUACUGAUGGUAGGUAGGAAUGACAGUCUCAAGGAUGGUCAAGCUGUCGUGGUCGCAGCGCUCGGGACUAGCUUUGAGGAUGCAAAUGCUGCUGCGAUGGCUCGCGCAGAAGGAGUCAUUCGCAGGUCACAGCCUUCACUGCCUACAAUCUCGAACAAAACUGCGGGCGGAAACGUAAACGAUGAUGCUAAGAAACUGCAGGGCUGGUAUGACGGCCUCACAUAUUGCACUUGGAAUGCUCUUGGUCAAGAGCUGAACGAGGGCAAGAUCCACAACGCACUCGAGGUCUUGAGCGAGCACGGAGUGACCAUCACAAAUGUGCUGAUCGACGAUAACUGGCAGUCACUUGAUCAUGCUGGCGCAAGUCAAUUCGAAAGAGGCUGGACUGACUUCGAGGCGAGCGAAGAGGGCUUUCCGAACAAGUUAAGUGGCCUCACGGCGGCUAUACGGCAUCGCCACCCGAAUAUACAGCAUAUCGGCGUCUGGCAUGGUGUCUUUGGGUACUGGGGAGGCGUGGCUCCUGAUGGAAAUCUAGCAAAAAAGUACAGGACAAAGCGGGUACACAAGGAACGUGACUUUUGCGACAGAGACUCUUUUACUGUAAUCGAUGGCGAAGACGCGUCCCAAAUGUUUGAAGAUUUCUACGAGUUUCUUCAAGAGUCUGGAGUCGACUCCGCUAAGGCUGACACUCGCUACUUACUCGAUUGCCUGUCUGCCUCAAACGAUCGCAGAGACAUGAUCAGAAGGUACAACAACGCAUGGCUGGAAGCCUCAGCCAAACAUCUCUCCAUGCGUGUAGUCUCGAGCAUGGCAAUGAUCCCACAACUCCUAUUCAGUCCAGAGGUCUUCUUCAAGCGUGCUACCUCCCAGCAUCAACAAAAGCUGAUCAUGCGCACUUCCGACGACUUCUUCCCUGAAAUCGAGCCAUCUCAUCUCUGGCACAUCUUCUGCAACGCCCACAACGCCGUCCUCACCCAGAACCUAAACAUCAUACCUGACUGGGACAUGUUCCAGACAACUCACGAUUACUCCGGCUUCCACGCCGCAGCCCGCUCUAUAUCGGGCGGACCAGUCUGCAUCACCGACUAUCCUGGAAAGCACAAUCUGCCUCUCAUCAAGCAACUGGUCGCAAAUAAACCUGCCGGCAGCAGCGUGAUCCUCCGUCCGAGCGUUGUGGGGAGAAGUGUGCAAGUCUACACUGCGCACAAGGAAGAGCGCUUUUGCAAGGUUGCGGCGUUCCAGGACGUCUCGUUUGGAGAGCGGGAACUUGCGGCUGGCACAGCUAUUGUGGGAGUGUUCAACAUGGGUACGCAGACACAUGUCGAAUUCCUGCCUCUGGCAGAGUUCCUCAACUUCGAGGCCGAGGGGAUCGAGUAUGCGCUGAGGUCCUUUGUGACGGGCAAUAUCGUUGCACCACUGUCGGGUGCGUCUGGUCGUUCACUCGUCAAAUUAGAGCUGGGACAUCGGGGCUACGAUAUACUCACAUUAUAUCCACUGUUGCUGCUGGAUGGGCGGAGAAAGAUCGCUGUUCUGGGACUGCUGGGUCAGAUGAGUGGAGCUGCGGCAGUCAUUGGCAUUGACGUCAAGGCCAGUGAAGCUGCCGUCAGCACGAAAAUAAAGGCGCUUGGCUCUUUUGGUUUGUUUGUGAUGGGGCAGGAGGACGGGGAGAAACUUUUGACUGGGACGGCUACGCUGUGUGGUCAGAGGAUUCCGGACGCAUACCAACAUGUGGAGGAUCUGAAGAAUGGGCUCCUGCUGCAGCUGGAUCUGGAAGGUGCUUGGAAGGAAUUGGCGCUACCAGAUCAACAAAUUGUGGUGGAAGCGGCGAUAUAA